AUGGCUUACCUUAAAGAAGCUAGGACGGCCGGCCGAGUGCAGGCUGGAGGACCCAGACACCCGGCGGUCAUGAAGCUGGGGUUCGCCUGUGCUCUGCUUUCUCUCCUGGCAGGGCACAGCUGGGCAGACAUCCGAGCCAUUGGGGCCGUGGAAUGCCGCCCCAACUCGCAGCCCUGGCAGGCCGGCCUCUUCUACCUCACCCACCUCUUCUGUGGGGCGUCCCUCAUCAGUGACCGCUGGCUGCUCACAGCUGCCCACUGCCGCAAGCCACAUCUGUGGGUCCGCCUCGGGGAGCACCAUCUCUGGAAAUGGGAGGGUCUAGAGCAGCUGUUCCGAGCCACAGACUUCUUCCCGCAUCCUGGGUUCAAUGAUGACCUCAGCGCCAAUGACCACAAUGAUGACAUCAUGCUGAUCCGUCUGCCCAGACAGGCACGGCUGGGACCUGCUGUGCAACCCCUCAACCUCAGCCAGACCUGUGUCUCUCCAGGCACCCAGUGCCUCAUCUCAGGCUGGGGGGCCGUGUCCAGCCCCAAGGUGCAGUACCCGCUCACGUUGCAGUGUGCCAACAUCAGCAUCCUGGAGUCCAAACUCUGCCGUCGGGCAUAUCCUGGCCACAUCUCGGACAGCAUGAUCUGUGCCGGCCUGUGGGAGGGGGGCCGGGGCUCCUGCCAGGGUGACUCUGGGGGGCCCCUGGUUUGCGACGGAACCCUGGCAGGUGUGGUAUCUGGGGGCGCCGAGCCCUGCUCCAGACCCCAGCGCCCCGCCGUCUAUACCAGCGUUUGCCACUACGUGGACUGGAUCCGAAAGACCAUGGAGGACAACUGAGCCCUCGAUCUUUGGACGAUAAGAGAGGGUGGGUGCAGAGCAGGGAGGAACAGCCGCGUUCCAGCCUCAAUGGUCUCCGCCCUUGGCCUCAGCUGCCCUGGAGACACCUUCUGGACAUUCAGGCUCGGACCCUCGGAAUGGAGCAGGGAGACACCUGCGCCUCUCGUGGCCGGGUGUCUAUGACGUCACCAAGAACUGGCACCACCCGGCGAAAGAGCAUCACCUCGUGGCUCUGCCCGGGUGUGAAAUGCACCAAAUAGCUCUGCCCCUCGGAACUUUGUCCAAUGAGACUUCGCCCCUGCACUCCGCCUCCUGUUGCCCCGCCUCCUCCGCCAGAGACCCCGCCCCCUUGACGUCAGGGGGCGGUACCUUCCCCCACGUGGAGCUCCAGCAGUACCGGGCUCCGCCCCAUGUGGCCCCGCCCCAGGCGUGUCCCGGGUUUGAAUUGUGGCGGGGACCAGACUGGGAGA